AUGGAGAAAAAAAUAAUUGAAUAUAUUGCUACAAAAGAAGUAAAAGAGAUUGGACUAUUUCUUGAUACUGUUGACUUAAAAGAAAUAAAAAAUUUGAUUAUCAAUCUAUUGAAAGAUGAUUCAAAAAUUUAUAAUGAGAAUAGUACUGGAUGUUUUGCAAUAAUUUGUACACUUUUUAGAGCCUCAGUAACUGAUGAUUUAAAUGGCGAGAAAAAAACUCUUGAGGAUAGAGAAUUGAGAAACGGAAGACGUUGCACAAUUAUACAAGAAAUUAUUAGAUGGUUGUGCGAAAAAGGAAAUGAUACUUCCUCACAUUUUGAUAAAUUAGUUUCAGAUUUAGUGGGGAUAUGUAUUAACGAGAUCGCUAUUGGUACUACUGAUUCUCCUGUAAUGAUUGAGAUGUUUGUAGAUAUCUCUACAUGUAUUAUACAGGCUAUCCAACGUGGAAUUCCCUUGCAUGGAAAAUUAUUUUCAUUCUUACCGACAUUAUUAUCUGCUUUUGAUUCCUGCAAUGAAGUAGUAUCAUUUCCUUCUGAUAAAAAUUCAACUGGCCACUCUAUGACAGGUCAAGAUUAUAAAGAUGAAAUUUUAAAUAAAUUAUGCAACUAUAAAUGGCAUACAAGUAAUGUGUUAAGUUUAGCUGGAGAAUUUCGUGAUAUUCCAAUGUCUAAUGAACAGUUGCGUUCUGUCGCAGAAAAAAUUAUGAGUCAUUUUGAUGUAAUUGAUAUUAACGAGACCCCCCCACUCGUUUAUCAGAUCCUCUUGCUCUCUAGAAAGGGCCAUAAACGUUUAAUCUUGCAAGGAAUUACAGAGUUUUUUAAUAAAUUGGAUGAUGAAAUGCAUGAAGAUAAUAGAGAAAACGACUCCGUCGUCUCGUUAUCGUUUUCGCAAUUGAGUCAUAUGGAAGGCACAGCAAUUAUUCAUAUAUGUUUCGCAAUUACCCAAGAUCAGGAAUUAGGAAGUGAAUUUAUCAAAUAUAUAAAAUCAGAUAAGACUUCAUUUUUGAAACCGUUUAGCAUCGCUUGUUUAUUGUCAAUUGCAAGGAUACAUCGAUUCGAAGAUCAGGCUCUCGAUUUUCUCAAGACAUCAAUAUUGGGUACUUUUAAGGAUAAAGAAAAGCUGGGAAAAGCAAAAUGGAUAUCUAAUGUCAAUUUUUCAAAAAUAAAUUCUUCGGUAUCAUUAUUUGAGCUUUUCCAAAAUAUAAUGCAAAAGACUUCCUUUGGAUGGGAUCAAGUCACUCAAAGUUUAGUACAAUUAGGAAUAAUUUUGAUUGAUUUAGCCGUUCCCUCUGCACAAUGUGGAAAGGUUUCUGAUACAAAUAGGGCCAAAAAAGGACCUAUCGCACCUAAUGAAAUGACUAAGGAUCUAGGAACAAAAAUAUUAUUAGAAAUGUUCAAGAUUCAUGAUAUGGUCCGCGCAGAAAUAUUAGAUCAGCUUCAGUCUCGAGUUAUUUCAAAAUCAUCAAGUGUUGAAUACUUCCUGGAUCUAUUGGAAUUAAUCGUAAAAGAGAAUUCCCAUUCUCUCUAUAAUUAUAUAUCCAGAUUGAAAGGGACACUCGAUUAUUUAUCAUUUUUAUCUAUUACAACGGCUGAUAGUCUAUUGAAGGCAUUACAACCAUUAUUUUAUGAGAAUCAAUCUCUACGUGAUGGACUAAUGGUGAUCCUACGAAAGGGUUUAUUCACAAAGGAAUUGGAAGGGCGCCAGAUCGCAUUGUCCGGAUAUUUGAGACUGUUAAAAAUGCCAUCGGCAAAAAAUCGAAGAAUAUGUUCUAAUGAUUUACUUGACAAUCAAAAUUCUCUCUCAUUUGAAAUUUUAGGUAAUUUACGCAAGUGUUUCAGCCAACAACCACAACUCAGACUAUCUUUAUAUGAAGGUUUGCUAGAAAUGAUGGAUGUUCAUCAACAUCUCAACCCAAUAAUCUUUGACAUUCUCUAUCCACAUUUCCAACAAUUUUUUGAACAGGGAUCAUCUCUGUAUGCGACAGUUCACAUUGAAAGUUGUAUAGAAACUUUAAAUGGGGAACCACAUAUUGUUGAACCUUUACCUUAUUUAUUGAUUUGCUUAAGCAAAUCAAUUACCACUUUUAAGAUGAUUAAUGAUGGUAAUGAAGGAAGUUAUCAAUUCAAUAAAAUUAAGCUUGAAGAAUGCAAAACGAAAUUUCAAACUUUGAUUGACCAGCUAAUACAUUCAGACAUGUCUGAAUUCAUGAUUCACCCAAGCGCCGAUUUCAAAAUGAAUUCUAAUGAGGGUUGUCGUAAUAAUAUGUGCGCUUCUAUUCUACUUGGAAUGUAUGAGGCAGCAAUCGAACACUCUUUCUUUGCUUCUGAACCCACUUUAGAAUUAUCAGAGAUUAUUUUAAGGUUAUUUAAAAGAUAUACGGCACUCUUUGAAGUUCUAAAAGAAAAGUCUGUUAAUGCUCGAGGUCGUAAGACAGUAACAUCCAUUACAGAAAAUUCGAUUUUAAGCUUUAAGUGCAUUUCUGAACUUUGUAAGUUCACUUUCCAAGAUAUUGUUGGUACAGAACUUAAUGCCAUAAAUUAUGCUCUGAGAGCCGAUGCAGCAUUCGUAAAAUAUAUCACUGCAGUAGCAUAUAAUAAAAUAUCACAGAUUACAUCGAAUUUUAAUCCCGAAGAUGAUGAAACAUUUGGCUAUUGUACGUCUUUAAUUCAAGUGUUUAUGAAAGAAUUUAUUACAAAUAAUAAAGCAGGUAUCGCUACACGUCAAGAAGAUGGUAAUAAGAAGGACAAGGGAAAGUCCAUUUUUGAAAUUGCAAUUGAAAGCUUUGCGCUUUUGGUUCAAGCAGUUCCGUCUUGUUGGCCAGACAAGUUAAUUGAUUUCUUAGAGCUUUCUUACCCAUCUGAAUUGACAGAUGGAUUAAUCCCUAAUGAUUUAAAUGGAUGGUUAGACUUAUACAUUCGAGAAUUUGAGCACCUAAUCAUCGCUUCACUUAAUGAAAGAAUUCCUCAUAUAAAGGAAGCAUUAGUAUUAUUUCAAACAAUAAGUUUAUUAGCAUCUCAUUUCACUCACCCAAUCGAUAAUUCUAAUCCACAUGGAUAUUCAGAACAAUUGGUCACUUGGCUUAAAUCAUUGUGUAAAGAACGUGUCAUUGAAGAUACUAUUCUCGCCAAAAAUAUAAUAAGUCUUUUAAUAAAAUUGGAGAAAGAUACUUCGGAUUUUGGAACAAUCGCAGAAAUUGCUCAUGAUAUAUUGGUUGUAUUAGGUAAUAUCAAUGGCGCUACAAACGAACUUGAGAUGAGUCCUAAGUUCGUUAUCGUCAAUCCGAGAACGAGUGGUAUAAUAUGCAGCGUAUUGAUCGGAUUUAUAGAAAGUAUGUACGAAGAAAUAGAAUGGUUUUUGAAUAGGAUGAAGUUAAUGUGCAAUACAAAAGACACGGAUCUUAAUAAUGAAACGAUUGAUAUUGAACAAUCGAUAUGCGUAAGAUUAAUGACAUUAAUAAAUGCCACAAUAUAUUUGGAACAAACAUCACUUCAAGAUUCUUCUUCUGAACAAUUGAUUAAAUGUCUUCAAAAGACUUAUAAAGUUAUGAUAUCAUUAAUUAAAUACAAAAUUGCUGAGGGAGGCGAGAUUCUUAAGCAUUUCAUAGAUGUAAUAGAAUUAACCGGUUUACAGUUGACGGAAAAUUUGUAUAAUUUGUUAUUAGCAUUUGGUUCAAAACCAGAAACCAAUAGGAUACAGAUACCUGUUGGUAAAAAGCGUAAGCUUAAAAGCAAUCCUACGAUGCAAAAGGCGCGAAUUGCCAGAGAAUCCAAGAUAAUACCUCAUUUGAUUUUUCUAUUAGAGCAAUAUGAACGUUAUCUAAUUCAGCUAACAAAAAAAUCUAAGAUCAAUCUGACACAAUUUAUAAAAAGGGCUACUAAUCGAGAUUUUAAGAUAAAAACGGAUUUAAUGGACGAAUUAGAUGUUGAAAAUGAUAAAAAUUCAAAACCGAAUAAGGAUAACGACAAUGCUUUGGAAAGUCAUCAAACUAAACGUCAUCGAUCUUAA